AUGGUAGUGCCCGCUGUGGUAUACCUGGUAAUGAAUCUGCUCAGCUAUGUAGCUUUGGAACGGAUAGAUGCUGGACUCUUCACCGUUUUCGCUCAGUGCAAGGUCCUAUCAACAGCCCUGUUUGCAUACUUUAUAGUGGGCAAGAAACUCGCGGCGCGGAAGUGGCGUGCGCUGUUGCUGGUAGUCUCUGGUGCCACACUCAUCUCCUUGGAGACGAAGCCUGUGUCUGCGAAUGCCUUUGACGACGGUGUGAGCUCAGAGUUCAUGAUUGGCAUCACUGCGGUGAUGGGCGAGGUCUUACUGUCCGGGUUUAUAAGUGUCUACUUUGAGAAGGUGCUCAAGAAAACCACGUCGGCCGUGCUCCUGACUGUGUGGGACCGGAAUGUCCAACUGGCCAUAUACUCCAUCUGCAUCUACCUACCUAUUGCCAUGUACCACUCUCCCGGAUACGUGAAUGUGCUGCACGGCUGGUCCGGGGUCACCUGCUGUGUGGCCUUUCUGGGCUCGGCAGGGGGCAUUUUGGUGGCCUUGUGCAUACGGUACACUAAUGCGGUGGAUAAG